CGGCCUGAGUCACCCCGCGGCCUCUGCAGGUGACGGAAGGCCAACAAUAGCCCACAAAGGGAGGAUGUCCCCCCAAAGCCUUCCUCCGGCUCGUCUUCGAGGAAACCUCCCGCGGGAGGGACGGGCCCCACCGGACGCACGGCGGACAAGGAGCUUCGUCCUGUUGACGCUGGCUCGGAGCGACACGCGGCCCCGGGGGUCCCCAGGGACGGCCCGUGCCACCCCCGCGCUGGGCGAGGAGGAGGAGGAUGCCGUUGAGGAUGAUGGCACCGGGCUGGCACUGGACCAAACCAUGACCUGUCCUGGGUAGGAAUGUGCAUUCAUCCCUGAAGAUCUGUGUCCAUGCCCGGGAUGGACACCUCCAGUGCCUGUGGCAGCAGGUCUGCCCCUCUCCCAGCCCUUCCCUCCACAACCAGAGUCAUUAAAGCCGCUGGAAGAACCUGUGCCAUCAGUGACGGGCCUCGGGGUCAAGGCUCCUUAUGAUGAAGAUAGUGAGGUUUUAGCAAGGCAGAUGCACGGAGGUGCGGAGCUGCUGCACCUGGCAGGACAAAGGGCACAUCCCAGCAGGAUCCUCCCAUGGAGCACAGGGGCUGCUGGUCCCAGGCACUGGACAGGGGCUGGUGCCCACCUGCACAGCUCCAUGUCCUGUGGAGGAGGAGGGAUGGCCUGGGGGGCUGACUGGCUUGGGGGGCAUCUGGCCCUCACCCCAGAGAUCCCAUGUCAGCUCUCCAUAGCUCCAGAACACAGGCGUUCCCCAGGGAGCAAAGCCUUUCUCUGACUUCUCCCUGGCCAUCAGGCGGUGCCAGGCUUAGCUGGCACGCUCCCACCUCUGCUCCUGCAGGAUCUUUGGACUUUGUGCUGAUUUUGCUGUUUGCUUUUAUUUAGCAGUGGAAUUCGCUUUCCAAAGGGACAGCAAAUUCUGCUCCCCACACCCUGUAUCUGCUGGGGCCUCGUCCCUCCCAUCCCGCAUCCCUCUGCCCCUGGGGCAAAGGCUCAGGAGGAGGGACCUGUCACCCACAGUGUCCCCUUGGUGCCUCUGCCAGGGCAGCCAUGUGCCCCCCGCUCUGGAUCGCAGCCUGGGCGCUCCUGCUUCACGGCUGUGCUGCAGGGCGGGUGCCACAGGCUCCUUCCACCAGGAAUGACAUCCGGGACUGCUCCGUGGACCCACCGUACCUGCCACCGACGGCCACCAACACGACGGCGCGUCUGGCCGCGCUGCGGGGUACCAUGCGGACCCACGGCGCCCUCGCCUACAUCGUGCCCUCCACGGAUGCCCACAUGAGCGAGUACAUCUCCGAGCGGGACGCGCGGCUGGGCUGGCUCACCGGUUUCACCGGCUCUGCAGGCACUGCUGUGGUGACGCAGGACAAGGCUGCCCUGUGGACUGACAGCCGCUACUGGACCCAGGCAGAGCGGGAGCUGGACUGCAACUGGGAGCUGCAGAGGACAACCUCCAUCGAAUCCAUCGGGAUGUGGAUCCUGAAGGCGGUUCCUGCGGGGGGGAAUGUCAGCUUGGACCCCUUCCUCUUCUCCAUCGACACCUGGAACAGCUACAGCCGGGUUCUACACGGCUCCGGCCGGACCCUAAUCCCCCUCGAGACCAACCUUGUGGAUCAGGCAUGGGGUGACCAAAGACCCCUUCCCUCCUCCACCGAGAUCUACAGCCUCCCAGCAGAGUUCACAGGGAGCAGCUGGCAGGAGAAGGUGGCCAGGAUCCGGCAGCGGAUGGAGCAGCACGUGCGACGCCCCACAGCCGUGCUGCUGUCGGGGCUGGAGGAGACGGCCUGGCUCUUCAACCUCCGUGGAGACGACAUCCCCUACAACCCCGUCUUCUACUCCUACACCCUCCUGACCAACACAACCAUAAGCCUGUUCGUGGAGGGCUCCCGGCUCUCGGUGGCGGCGCGGGAGUCCCUGCGCUCGGGCUGCCCGGGGCCGCUCUGCGUGGAGCUGCAGGAGUACGGGCAGGUGAGCGCCCACCUGCGCCGCUACACCCAGGGCAACGUCACCGUGUGGCUGGGCACCGAGUACACCACCUACGGCCUCUACGGCAUCAUCCCCCAGGAGAAGCUGCUGGAGGAGAACUACUCGCCUGUCAUGAUGGCCAAGGCUGUGAAAAAUGUCCAUGAGCAGGAGAUGCUGCGAGCUGCCCACGUCCGGGACGCGGUGGCCGUCAUCCAGUACCUGCUGUGGCUGGAGAAGACAGUCCCGCAGGGGCAGGUGGACGAGUUUUUGGGGGCUCAGCACAUCAAUGCACUUCGCUGGGCCCAGGAGCACAGCCGCGGGCCCAGCUUCCAGACCAUCUCGGCCAGCGGGCUCAACGCGGCGCUGGCCCACUACAGCCCCUCCAAUGGCAGCAGCCGGACGCUGUCUGCGGGCGAGAUGUACCUCUUCGACACCGGAGGGCAAUAUCUGGACGGGACAACAGACAUCACUCGGACAGUGCACUGGGGUGAGCCCACCCCGCUGCAGAAGGAAGCCUACACCCGUGUGCUGAUGGGCAACAUUGACCUCUCCCGCCUCGUCUUUCCGUCACACACAGCAGGGAGAACGGUGGAGUCCUUCGCCCGCCGGGCGCUCUGGGACGUUGGACUCAACUACGGCCACGGGACUGGCCAUGGCAUCGGCAACUUCCUCUCAGUCCACGAGUGGCCCGUGGGCUUCCAGUCCAACAACGUGCCGCUGGAGGCCGGCAUGUUCACCUCCAUCGAGCCCGGCUAUUACCAGGAUGGAGAGUUUGGGAUCCGCAUUGAGGAUGUCGUCCUUGUCGUGGAGGCACAGACAGAGCACCAGAGCGGGGAGACGCCUUUUCUGACCUUCGAGAUGAUGUCCCUGGUGCCCUAUGACCGCAACCUCAUCGACCUCAGACUCCUGUCCCCAGAGCAGAUCCGGUACCUGAACUCCUACUACGAGAGGAUCCGGGCGCACGUGGGGCCGGAGCUGCGGCGGCAGCGGCUGGAGGAGGAGUACGAGUGGCUGCAGAAGAGCACCCAGCCCUUCCCGGUGAACGGCGCCGGCACCGCCGCCGCGGGAACGCUGGUCCUCGCCUCGCUGCUCUCGGUGCUGCUCGGUGGGCUGGGGGCCUGAGCCCGCACCGAUGGCCCCUCCACCCCCUCCCAGCACGGCCGGGUCUUCCCCCGUGCUCACUUCCUCGUUUUGUUGGAUUCUAUUUGCUCGUUUGUGAUUAAACAUGAGCAAGGCGG